AUGCCGAAGAUUGUCGGGGCGAGGACACAACCUUGCUUCACACCACGUUUCGGAUUGGGAAAGGUGCGUAAAGAGUACGGGAAGUGUCUGCGGACUCACUGCUACAGCGGGAAGAGUGUGGACUCGUCUGUGGGUUCGGUGAAGAGCUCGUCGUCGCGCGGCCCGGGGCGAUAUUCCUCUGCGUCGCAGGUUCAUCACCCGCCUUGUAUGACAAACUCCUCACAGUUACAGUAUGAACAAAGCCGAAUCCGCCGCAUGUGGAAUGACACGGUGAGGAAGCAGUCCGAGUCUUCAUUCAUGGCUGGAGACAUUAACAGUUCAGCGACACUCAACAGAGGUGCCAUGGCCAAUCACCUCAUCCCAAACUCUCUGCUGCGCGCUCACGCCUCUAACAACCCCUAUAACACCUUACUGGGCGAAUCAGCCGUCUAUAACAACCCUACCCUCAGCAUGUACAACGCUCAAGAGGGAAUCCUGAACAAUGCUCGGGAUACAAGUGCCAUGGAUACUCUACCACUGAAUGGUAACCAUGGCAACAGCUACAGCUUGGCCAGUGCCGAUUACAUGAGCGACUGCGUGCAAAUCAUCGACCGCACGUACAACGUACACAAAGAGACCACGCUGGAGAAACGGAUCCUGAAAGAGCUCACCUCCAACUACCUGCCCACCUACCUGAACAACCACGACCGCACGGCCGAGCACGGACGCAACCUCAUGAACAAGCUGGUGAACGAAGUCAGCAACGGAGGCGGGGUGAAGGACUCGCCCAUGCUGCCGGUCAAUCUCGCGUUGGGUUUGGACGACUCUGCGUCUUUCCCACACGAGGACAGUCUAGGGCUGGAGCUGAUCAGGGAGGAGUCCAACACCCCCUUGCUUCCGCCGCCACGCCACGUCCAGCCUCUUCCCUCCACCUUCAGCUCGGCUUCUUCAUCGCGACGGCGCCUUCCGCAAGAAAACAGCGAGAGUUUCUUCCCUCUGCUGACAGAGGAGCAAACGGAAGAGACUCCAUCGCCGCAGAGAGACUCACUCUACACCAGCAUGCCCACGCUGCCCGACCCUGAACGCUCCGACACGCAUUCGCUGCCCCGCGGCGGUGACACGCACAUGCUCCCCAGAAGCGGCGAGCCAGACGACGUGUAUUAUAAGAGCAUGCCCAACUUGGGCUCACGCAACCAUCUGCACCAGCUGCAUAGCUACUACCAACGGGCCCGCGGCAGCAGCGACGGCUUUAUCGUUCCUCCCAAAGAUGAGCUUUCGCCCGAAGAACCGCCGCCGCAGGAAACCGCACACAUGGUAACCAGCCUAUAGAGGGCGCCAAACCCCGUCGCAGUCACACCCGUAACCCAUGACAUCUCGACCUCCGCUGGCUCUUCUGCGUUUCCGUACCGUUCAGUCGUCCGCAGUCCUUCACUUUUGCUUUUUCCGUGUCCGCAGAGAAAUUAACUGCAACAACAAACCUUGGGAGGCGAUUUUGUAUUCUGUUCAGGAGAGGAUUAUGGGUACUCUUGCUUGUUGAGGAAUGAAACCUGACAUCCUUUGGAUUCUAUUGGUAGUGCACUUCUACUUCAAGGGAAAACGGACCCGAAAAUUUAUUUGCUGUAUAACCUUGCGGGGCAGUGUGAGAUUUCAAGGGUUUUUUACUCUCUGCGAUCCUGAAGGAAUACAGAUAACUGGCAAAAAACAUUGUUAGUAGCUCAGCGCGUCUAGUCAAUACCAAUCAAGUCUGUGACUCGAAAACUAUUUUAAUACCUUCUGUAUCCAUAUUUGCUUUUUAAAUAUUUUCUUCUUCUCACGUGGUGAAAAGCAGCACGUUUUGCUGCGACGGAGAACAAUACGAAGAAGGGCGUCUUCACCUCACGCUUUCUGUUCUUUGCUGUAUUAAUAACAAAUAUCGAGAAGCGGGGGAAGAACUAAUACCGGAGAAUUCUACAAUAUUUCUAUGUAAAUGUACAGACACUAGUGUUACACAGGAUAGUGCUUAUUCUGUUCCUAUGCCCUCCGCUUCUGUAACCAUGGUGAUUUCAGAUCAUUUCCUUUCUCUCCCGAUGGUCUCGUCCUCAACGACAGGUUUUGAUCCCUCGCUCUUUUUUUUAAUUAUAUCUUUUACAUUCACGUCUUCAUUUCAGUAUGAUUAAUGGCAAGUAGAACAAAAAUGAGAGGAUAGACAAAAAAUAAUACUUAUUUUUCCUCAUUCUCUUUGAUUUAUUGACACCGGCUUGUAGAUGAAUGAAGAAAGGAAGCCCAACAUUGAAAAUAUGUUGCCAUUUUGGUGUAGAGAUAUGAAAAGUAUUGCGGUUUAUGAUCAACGGAGGUCGUUUUCAUUCAGAGAGAGUGACACUUGUGUGAUUUAGCUGCAGAGAUCCAGCAUACCUUCUUUUUGCUUUUUUUUAUUUUUCUGGUGGAGAAUGAAUGGUUAUUUAUUUCACUGAGGGAAGAAGUACAAACUAUUCUGCAAAAAUGUCUGGGGGUAAAAUGAAUGUGGCACAUAUUAGAUUUUUUUAUCAUUACAAAUAUGAUUUUAUUUAUUCUUUUAUCCCUUUUUUUCUCCUGUGGUUGAAUGACCUCUCACUAAUAUUUGUUGUAACAGUGAAACUUGUUUGCCAACAAAUAAAUGACUGACAGAGUGAAGCCGAGAGUUGCUGGCUGUGUGCGUUUUCUGCAACACGACUCAU